CCCCUCCCCCUCUCCUCGCCCCCAUUGCAGCAGCCACACAGAGAAGAGAGGGAGAGAUGAGCCGACGAGGAGACGACCAUCUCGCCGCUCACUAGCUAGCCGGCCGGCCGCAUUGCUACCCCCGUCAACCUCCCGCGCCUAGCUUCCGCGGGCGCGCCCCCGCCGUCGCAGCAGGGGGAGGGGGCUGAGCUGAGCCAUGGGGGCGGCGGGCGAGGAGAUGGUGGCGGAGGCCAAGGAGGAGAGGAUACUGGUGUCAGUGCGCCUCAGGCCGCUCAACGGCAGGGAGGCCGGGGACAGCUCCGACUGGGAGUGCAUCAGCCCCACCACCAUCAUGUUCCGGAGCACCGUCCCCGAGCGCGCCAUGUUCCCCACCGCCUACACCUACGAUAGGGUGUUUGGCCCCAGUUGCUCUACACGGCAAGUCUAUGAGGAAGGAGCAAAAGAAGUUGCUCUAUCAGUUGUCAGUGGAAUUAACUCAAGCAUAUUUGCCUAUGGGCAAACAAGCAGUGGAAAGACUUACACAAUGACGGGAAUUACUGAGUAUAGCAUGCUGGACAUCUAUGAUUACAUUGAUAAGCAUCCUGAAAGAGAGUUCAUUUUGAAAUUCUCGGCCAUAGAGAUAUACAAUGAAGCUGUGAGGGACCUUUUGAGCCAUGACUCCACACCUCUUAGACUUCUAGAUGAUCCAGAGAAAGGGACUACUGUAGAAAGACUCACUGAGGAAACUUUAAGGGACUACAAUCAUCUUAGGGAUCUUCUAACAGUAUGUGAAGCUCAAAGGCAGAUCGGAGAAACUGCUUUGAAUGAAACAAGUUCCAGAUCCCAUCAAAUACUCAGAUUGACAAUUGAAAGUUCAACUAGGCAGUAUUUAGGAAGAGGCAACUCGAGCACCCUUGUGGCUUGUGUGAACUUUGUUGAUUUAGCAGGAAGUGAGCGUGCAUCUCAGACCGCCUCGGCUGGUAUGAGGCUAAAAGAAGGCAGCCAUAUCAACCGAAGUCUGCUUACACUGGGAAAGGUCGUCCGUCAACUCAGCAAGGGAAGAAAUGGUCACAUCCCUUACAGAGAUUCAAAGCUGACCCGUAUCUUACAGUCCUCUCUUGGUGGCAAUGCAAGAACAGCCAUUAUCUGCACAAUGAGCCCUGCGCAUACUCAUAUUGAGCAAUCCAGGAACACUCUUCUGUUUGCGACCUGUGCAAAGGAGGUUAUUACAAAUGCACAUGUCAAUGUGGUGAUGUCUGACAAAGCACUUGUGAAGCAUCUACAGAGAGAACUUGCGAGAUUAGAAAAUGAGCUGAAGUUUCCUGGGUCAGCUUCUUGCACUACUCACACUGAGGCAUUGAGAGAGAAGGAUGCACAGAUUAAGAAGCUUGAAAAGCAGCUGAAAGAAUUGAUGGAGGAAAGGGACACAGUUCAGUCUCAACUUAACUGUUUACUAAAAGGUGAUGGCGAUGACCAUGGCUAUGAGCACACUGCAAAGCGAUGGGAUGAGCAUAGUCGGUCAUCGGAGUCCCUUGCACAAAAUGUGUCUGAAGAGGCACUUUCAGUUGCUGAUGCUUAUGGGGUUGCUCAUCAAGAUCAAGAUUAUGCAUCGUUUAAUGGAUCCUAUGUCUGCAGUAGUGAUCAUAAUGACUCAGCAUUCCUCGGUGAAACAAGGGAGCUUCCUCGGCAAACAUGGGAGCAAAAGUUGGUUUCACCUUGGCAUCCUCCCAGCAACCAUAGUUCUGACGGUAUAGAGCCAUAUCAUAUGAAGGAAGCAGCUUCAACAACUGCAUCUGAAGUAUCUGAAGAUCAUUGCAGGGAAGUGCAGUGCAUAGAGAUACAUGAGCAUGUAAGAAGCAGAAGCCAGGAAUUCAGCCAAUUACUCCCUGAGGACACCAUGAUCCAAACACCUGUUGUAGAGGUGAUCUCCAAAGAUGCAGUCCCGCAAUCUGAUGAACAGCAAGGGCUUGAAAGCGUAAAAGGGAAAAUAGAAGAUCAUGUCAAAUCAUAUCCCAUCAACUAUGAGCAACAAGCUGAGAAUAUAACAAAUAUAGAGGAAGAUUCUGUCAAAAUGAAUCGAUGUGAAUCUGAAAGAAUUAAAGAAAAUGCUGUCAAACUAUAUACAUGUGAUUCUAACCAUUCUUUCAACAUUGGCAAACCUUACCCUUAUGAAUGUUUGAGUCUGAAGAGGUGCAUAAUGAGCUCAAAAGAUCGUGCACUGGCUAGAAGUAACAGCUGUAGGGCUAGCUUUAUGGUGAUUCCAAAUAGUUGGUUUGAUGAUUCUGAUAAUACCAGCAGGACACCACCUGACGAAAUCUUUAGGUAUGCUCCCAGAAGGCUUGAUAAGGUCAGGAGAAGCCUGUAUGCCGAGAAUGAUGAUUGCCAAAAUGAAGACCCUUUACUGGACUGCUCCGUUGUUUCCAGUGAAGUAGCAUCUGAUGAAGUUGUCAAGGACAUGAGCACCAGUGAUGAAGUAGCCAAGGAAAUGAGCACCAGUGAUGAAGUACCCAAGGAAAUGAGCACCAUUGAUGAUGUAGCCAAGGAAAUGAGCACCAUUGAUGACGUAGCCAAGGAAAUGAGCAUCAUUGAUGAUGUAACCAAUGAAAUGAACACCAGCGAUGAAGAACAAGAAACUCAUGUCAAUGACAUCAGUUGUGUCAACACAAAAAUUUUCCGUGAAGACCAAUGUGAGGAAUUUCAGGCACAAGUAAUCAUGCAGCAGGCCAUUAGAGAUGACUCGACAACCAUGAGAACAGUCAAAGACGUCGGUGUAGAUAUAGCACUGAGUCCCAUCCAUUCUCCUUCCCAUCCGACAGUUGAUUUUGAGAAAAAACAGCAACAAAUUAUCGAGUUGUGGCACGAAUGCAAUGUCUCUAUCGUGCACAGAACCUACUUCUUCCUCCUCUUCAGGGGAGAUCCAGCAGAUAACAUAUACAUGGAAGUGGAGCACAGGAGACUGUCCUUCAUUAAGAGUUCGUUCACUGCAGAACCCGUGGCACAAGGGGAACUUAAUCCUGCCAUUGCAUCAAGCUUAAAGAAUCUUCGCCGAGAAAGGGAUAUGCUCUACAAGCAGAUGCUGAAGAAGCUCUCCAAUGGGGAGAAAGAGAGUAUCUACAGCAAAUGGGGCAUCGAUCUGAGCACGAAACAACGAAGGUUACAGCUCUCCCGCCUCAUCUGGACACAGACUGACAUGGAGCAUAUCAGAGAGAGCGCCUCUCUUGUCGCGAGGCUGAUCGACCUUCUAGAGCCUGGGCAAGCGCUCAAGGAGAUGUUUGGGAUGAACUUCAGUCUGGCUCCACGAACUGACCGGAGAUCGUUUGGCCUGCUAGGUUCUUACUCCAUGAAGUGAGCGUCAUGACAGAUAUGGUACGGCGACAAUGACAUGGACACAUGGUGGUGGUAGAAGAAUACGUAGUGCAGAGUUUGACUUGAUUGGACAAGAAUUGCUCCCCAUGGUUGAUCGAUUUCACUGAUGCCCUUAUCUGUUUCGAUGCUUGUCCACGUGUGUGCGUGCGUGUGGUUGAUCUUUUUUUUUUCAUGUGUAAUUUCACAGAAGUGGAUAAAAAACAUCACCAGUUCUGACUCUCUGAAUGUGUAACAGUGUUUGUAACCUCGAUUGUUAAUAUGGAUAUUCGGAAGGCUUGGCUCAAUGCA